GCGGAGACAGCGAGAGAGACAGCUUGACAGCUUAAUUUCUCAUCCAGACGAGCGGACAGGCUCAAAGUGAAGCUCUGGUAGAGGUUGUUUUCUUCUACCGUCUCACUACUAUUCUUUGGUUUUACCCAAGUCGCAUUCGUGCGCGCUUUCAGUCAAUAUGGCUGCCAACAAGCAAGGCAAGAUGCAAAACCUCAUCAACUACCGGAUGAGAGUGACUCUCAAUGACGGCCGACAGAUGACCGGACAAAUGCUUGCUUUUGACAAGCACAUGAACCUCGUUCUCGCAGACACAGAAGAGUUCCGUCGCGUCAAGCGGAAAUCCAAGCCCGCUGCUGGCCCCGGAAACGCCCCUCUCGUGGAGGCAGAGGAGAAGCGAACUCUUGGACUUGCCAUCGUGCGUGGUACCAACGUCGUUUCGUGCUCCGUUGAUGGACCUCCCCCCGCCGACCCCUCCUCUCGUCUCGGAACAAGCGUUCCCAGUGCCGCCGCCGCCGCGGCCACUCUUGCCGCAGGCCCUGGUAUUAGCAAGCCCGCUGGACGAGGCCUUCCAGUUGGUCUUGGUGGCCCUGCUGCCGGUGUUGGAGGACCGCCUCCCCCGCCUGGUGGUUUCGGAGGUUUCCCCCCAGGUGGUUUCCCCGGAGCUCCGCCACCAGGAUUUGCUGGACGUGGAGGACCCCCCGGAGGACCCCCUGGCUUUGGACCGCCCCCAGGAUUUGCGCCAGCAGGUGCUCCUCCGGGCGCUUUCCAGCCACCACCAGGAUUCCAGCCCCCUGGCCAAGGACGAGGAUUCCCCCCGCCGGGAUUCGGAGGACGGUGAAGUGAAUGAUCGAAAGAAGCGUGAUUGCAUACGAUUUUCCGACCGUGGAUUAAAGCGCAGCCGGCUAUCAAGUUGGAAAAAAAGAAAGAACGGAAUACUAGAAACCAACCCUAUUCAGUUGGUCGUCCAAUGAAUAGGUACAACACACCGAUAUC